AUGGCACGGUGGCAUGCGACGCGCACCAAGAUCCAGCUCAAGCUCGCGAUCCAGCGAUCGCGCAUGCUACAGGAGAAAAAAGCCGCACUGCAUAAAAAAGUGCGACUGGAAAUUGCGGAGCUCGUAGAGCGCCAAAAGCUUGAAUCUGCGCGCGUCAAAACCGAAUCGCUGAUCAUGGACGAUAUACAUUUGGAGUUGCUUGAACUGCUUGAGCUCUACUGUGAGACACUCUAUGCCAGAUUCGGAUUACUAGAAGGACGCGACAAUGAGCCUGAUGAUGCGAUCCGCGAGCCGAUGAUCGCCAUUAUUCAUGCGGCUCAUCGCACAGAGGUGAAGGAACUACAUGUGCUCCAAAACAUGCUGAGUGCACGCUACAGUACCGAAUUUUCUGAGGCAGCUUUACAAAAUACAGAGAACUGUGUUUCGGAACGCAUCACACGCAAGCUAGCAUUUCAUCUGCCACCACCCGAGAUGGUGGAUGCGUACUUGAGCGAAAUUUGCAAGGCCUACCAGGUACCCUUUGGUCAGGCGCCGACGCCCCCUGAUACCCUUUCGACCGAGGCUGGCGACCACGAUUGGCACACGUUGGUGCAGCGAUUCGAUGCACUGAAACGAACUCAUGGAUGA